AAGGCUGUUCUUUUAAACGAAGACUUUUGAUGCAGAACCAACAUUUCCUCAAGUCUUGGUUUUCUAAUUCUGUUUGUUUCUUGGGAAAACACAAGAACAAAUUUGCCUCAAGUUCCAUUCUUUAUGUUGGUUUCCGAUUGAUUGAAUGCAAACAUCAGUAACAGUUUGCUGCAGUUCUGUAACUUAUAAAGCUUGUUCCUUUAUAGUAUGAAAGUCUUUUUCUUCAUUUUUAUUUACUUUUUUUCUGUUUUUUUCUCGUCAGCUAAACAAAGCUGACACGGAAUUUCACCAAACUUUUGUAGUCUAAUGCAAUAAGGCCGACUUUGUUUUGCUAUCAAAAAGACUGUUUGAUCAAGUUUUUCAAAGAUACAUCAUUUAUCAGAAUUCUGAAGUUUUCUGUAGAGUUAAUCAAAUUCAAAGAAUGAACAUUUAAACUGUUUACCCGUUGAAGCAGAAUAAAAAAUAUCUUGGCGUAACAAGAAGGAGAAGAAGAGGUUGCAAGAGUUCAUAGCUGCUUGUAUCUGAAGCUAAAGAUAAAAGAGAGUGAUAGGUAUAUCAACAGAGAGAUGGGAUCUUUCAAGGGUCAUGCUUUGCCAGGGACUCUGUUUCUGACGGUUGGCGUAUGGCACAUAUGGAGUUGUGUGGUUCGAUAUGUGUCGAACCCCAAGUCUUUUCAGGUCAGGGUGUGGAACCCAGUUCCUGGUUUUGAUGGGAAGUUGAAGUACUUGGAGCUUUAUGUUGUAGCCAUUGGUGCUUUUAUUGAUUUGUGCAUCGAGCUUUUGUAUUCGACCCACCUCAAGUUUUUUGUCAAUGGAGUCUUGAAUCCAUCACACUUGAAUGAUUUUGAGCAUUCCGGCAUGCUUCUCAUGUUUUUCCUCCUAGGUGCCAUCGCUCUGCUUUCAGAGAAAACGAGUUUCGUUUCCUUACCACAAGAAGGGCUUUGUCUUAUUGCGGCAGCAGCAUUCUGUGCGGAGUAUCUGCUAUUCUACUUUCACUCAACAACUCAUAAGGGCCUCGAGGGAUACUACCAUCUUGUGCUUGUCCUUUUAAUAGGACUUUGCAUCUUAACCACUGUUGCUGGAGCUCUCUUCCCGAACAGCUUCCCUGUUGAUUUGUGUAGUGGAAUUGCUAUAACCCUCCAAGGCCUCUGGUUCUAUCAGACUGCUUUCACCCUCUAUGGCCCCAUGAUGCCUGAUGGUUGUCAGCACAAGGGGAAUGCAAUCUAUUGCCGUUCAGCAGAUAGUGAGGUCCGAGGCGAGUUGCUUGCUAACUUCCAGCUCUUCUCUCUGGUACUGGGUGUCCUUGUUGCUGUUGUGGGAUCAUAUGGUUUUGCAGCUUCAAGAUAUGCGAAUUCUGAUCUUGGAAGCAUGCAUUCAGUUCAGGACGGAUGAGAAUGAGAUGGAAGCAGGGUAUUCAGUCUUAAAUUUUGGAUUCAAAUACAUUUUAGUCUUCUUGUUCAUUAUCUUUUAAUGGCAUCAUAGCUGAAGGCACUAAGUUUAGCUGCUGUUACAGAGGUUUCCGGUCCAUAUCCUGGGAGAGAUGAACAUGAUGGGAAGGAAUGUAACUUUAGCAAUUGUUAGCAUUCAUGUAUAAACAGGGAUAAUAAUGUGAUUUACAAAGAGAAAAAAAUCUAUUACACCUCAAUUUAAUAUUCCAGAGGAAGUUCCGUUUUAGAAUUGA